AUGCCUCGAGCACCACGGGCAGACGCGUUGCGCGAGAAGGGCCCCACGCCUAUUGGAACUGCCGUAUUUACUGGGCUCCGUGCCGCUGAUCCAUUUUUGCAAUAUGCCAUCCUGCGCAACGGCUGGGGCAUCAGAUUAAUUGAGUACUUUGGCGGGCGAGCCAUUCAACCGCUCAAUCUCUCUAGCGCAGGUGUUCUUGGUCUGCAGCCUUACUACGCUGUCAUAGUUGGGCUUUCCGUGGGUAGUGCCUUCAAGCAUAUCACCUGGCGACUAGGAAUUGCAGAGCAAAAGAUGCCUGUGUGGGCGGCACUUUUUAUCGGAGCCUUCAAUUCCUUUUUCAACACGCUCAACACAAUAUUGUCACUAUGGUCUGUCACCUCUAUGGCGCCUCUUUCGCUGCACGGUUGGCAAGGGUUGUCAGCAGACAAGUUGCCUACAUCUCCCGUGUUUUGGGCGGGCGUAGGACUGUUUGUGACUGGCAUUUCGAUGGAACUAAUUUCUGAAUUUCAACGGAAGGCAUUCAAGGCGGACCCGAAAAACGAAGGCAAGCCCUAUGGUGGUGGUCUAUUUACUUUUGCGAGGCAUAUCAAUUUGGGAGGAUAUGUUACUUGGCGUACUGGCUAUGCGCUUGCGGCCGCUGGGUUGCCAUUGGGUCUGUUCACAGGAGGAUUUUUGCUUUAUGACUUCACACACAGAGCAGUUCCGUCGGUGGAUGAAUACUGCACGAAACGGUACGGCGAAGAGUGGAAAGCGAUUAAGCAGCGUGUGCCAUACCGGUUGAUCCCUGGAAUUUACUAG